AUGGCUCAAAAGCAUGCUACGGAUGCCAACAAAAGAAAGAGUGCACUCCGAAAAGACAUUAAUACACGGCUAACCAACCAGUGUUAUACGGAGCAAAGCUUAAAAGAGGAUUGCAAGAAGCCAAGUACUUGUGAUUCCAGCCUGACAGAGAAGAUAAAAAUGCCCGACGAUGACGAUAUUAUCGUCCUUGAUUCUGACGAGGAACCGUCGAAGAACAUGUGCCCUACGACCAGUACUACUCGAUCAAACGGCGAAAUCCAGUGUGCAUCCGAUAAAAACCUCAACGACGGAAAGAAGCCUUCAGCAAAGAAGAGCUGGGAUUUUCUUAUGAAACCAUCUACAUCAAAUGGUAAGUCCAACAAAAAGUCAAGUUCACCUCCUGAAACAAGUAACGAGAAUGGUUGUGCCUCAAAAAUUGAUUCUGAAAAGAAAGGUAAAGUUGCUCCCAACAAUGGCGUCAAAAUUAUGAAAGUAUCGGAGUUGGAAUCGGAACGUAAUCGUGUUUUGAAUGAAGUCUUUGGACAUAAAAAGUUCAAGAGCUCACUUCAAAAGAAAGCAAUUAAUUGUAUAUUGCUCAGGAAGGCUGACGUGUACGUUUCAUUACCAACAGGUGCUGGAAACUUCCUGCCGUCAUUCACAUGGGUAUUCACUAUAGUCGUCUCUCCAUUGAUUGCACUGAUAACAGAUCAGGUCGCUGCGUUACGAGCGAAGGGAAUUCGUUGUGAUUCGCUUAACUCGAAAUUGACUGCCGCAGAAAGAACUCGUAUAGUAGAGGAUCUGCGAAAUAAGGUGCCUACCAUCAAGCUACUUUACAUUACUCCAGAAGCAGCUGCGACAGACAAUAUGAGGAGAAUUCUGAGUUCACUCCACAAACGCAACUUGCUCAGCUAUUUCGUAGUUGAUGAAGCCCAUUGCGUCACACACUGGGGUCACGACUUCCGCCCUGACUACCUGAAGCUCGGUGCUCUCAAAGGAUGUGUUCCAUGGAUUGCACUCACAGCUACAGCGAAUACAAAAGCUCAAGAUGAUAUAAUAGCGCAGUUGAAGCUGAAGCACCGUCAUUUGGCAGAGUUCAUCCUCCGCUGCUUGAAAGUUCCGAAAGAGAAAGCAUCUGAUGUAUUGAAAUUCGAGAAAGGGCCUCGCAAACAGCCUGAGCGAUUGCGUGACGAUGUCCAGAAUCAGUGGAUGAAGAACGAAGUUCCUGUGAUAGCCGCUACAAUAGCGUUCGGAAUGGGUAUUGAUAAACCUGAUGUGAGGUUCGUUGUUCACUGGACAUGUCCGCAAAAUUUGGCCGCCUAUUACCAAGAAUCUGGAAGAGCAGGUCGAGAUGGUCAACGAAGUUAUUGUCGAAUCUACUAUAGCCUGUCCGAUAAGGAGUUUCUUCAUUUUCUGGUUAGAAGAGAUCUAGCCAUGCUCAAAGGGAAGAAAAUAUCGGAAACUGCCAAGAAGCAGCAGACAACAGCAAUACAACAAGGAUUAGAGAAGAUGGUUGACUACGCCGAAAUGGCUCAAUGCCGCCAUGUGUGCUUUGCGAAGUAUUUCGGUGAAACCGACUUACCACCAUGCCGAAUGCAUUGUGACUUUUGCAAAGAUCAGAACGGCACAAUCGCCAGAGCUUCCCAGUUUCAGACUGCGUGCUCCUCUACCAAAAUGAUGAAAGCGUCGAAAGGAAACUUCGAAAGUGGUGACCUUUAUGGUGGAGGCAAACGGGCACAUGAUGAUGACGACUAUGGAUGUAACAGCUCGGACGCUUGGGAGAGACUGGAGAAAGAAGAGGCGGCAAGAAUGCGCGAUGUUGUUCAUAGCGAAUUUGCGAAGCGUCGUAAGAUUGAGAGACAAAGAGAAGCAGAUCUCAAAGAGGUUUACAUUCCCAGCACCGAGUAUCCAAUCAAGGAACCCAAAGCUAAAACUAUCCCGAAUCUAGCGCCACAGAGUGAUGCGAGAAGAAGCGAGAAUACAGUGGCUAUGCCUUUGAAGAGAAAGUUCAAAGGUAUCCGUACCAAAGAUGUUUGA